ACCAAUCCCAAACACCCCUGGCAAUGAAAAUUGUUCCUGACUACUGAGUUCCUCCGACGCCGACUAGUCAACCUCCAGCCACACCAACGGCGGCGAUUCCUCUUCCACACUGAUGCCGGCGCUUCACCUCCGGCCACAGGGUUCGAUUUUUCAAGUUUUAUCUUCGAUUCCGACUUGAUUAGGUUUAUUGAAUACACAAUUUUUGGACUUUCGUUUCAAUCUAAACGAAUACGAGUUUCUGAUGAUAACGGAUUUCUGAAUACAAAAUUCUAAUCGGAAAAUCAAACAGGGGGUGUUUUAAAUUUAGUUUGGUUCAUGUUUUGUUGAAAAGGCUCCACAGCUGAGGAUUUGGAUUAGUAGUGGAAUCACUCCAGAGUCUAUUAUGGUGCCUUUGUUUUAGUCAGGCUCUUGAUAUCAAAAGAAGAAGAAGAUGGAAUCACAUGUCACUAUUUGUCCUUUGUUUCUGGAAAUUUAUAUGGAUUUUGAACUUUUUUAGAUAAACAAUCUACUGGCUGUAACUUGUAUGAGUGAUAACAGAAGAAGAAGAUGAAAUUUAGCUAGCAUUCAGAGUUAGAAUAACAGAAACAGCAGCAUAAUCAAUAUUUCAUAUUGUCAAUGGAAAGUUUAAGCAAGAUUGUUGAAAGCUUAUAUAACUGUGCUUCUUCAGAACUCAUUGCAAAUUAUGCAUAAUUGUGAUUAUGCGUGUUGUAUGUGUUUAUGUAAUGUGAUAGAAUGGUGGUUAUACUGUAAUAAGACAAUGCAUCCAUUGAGAUGAAAUUCUUGUAACUUGUAUGUGUAUAUUGUAUACUGUAUAGGCAUUUACACAUCAUUACAAAUGGAGUUUCCAAGAUCCAAUAAUCUUCAAGUAGUUUCUGUGGAGAAUGAUGAUGAUGAUCCAGAAAUUUUGGUUUCCAAAUUCGAUUCUUCAGUUGAAAAUCACUUUCAAGCCAUGGAUAAAAUUGCUAAUCUCUCUGGAGAAUCAGAGUUCCAGUAUCCACAAAUUCAACGCUUCUCUUCUUCCAUUACUUUCUUAAGAGAAUGGAGGAAUUUUUGCUAUCAACCUCGAGCUAUUAAGUUUGCUUGUGAAAGCCAUGAGAAAAACAUCACACCUCAAAUCAACUUGCCUCAGUUUUCUUCAGCACUUGUUCCUAAAGACACUUCAGAUGGAAACAAAGAUUUUGUGAUGUAUGUUGGAGGCCAUGUUUGGGCUUUAGAUUGGUGUCCCAUACUUCAUCAAAAUUCCAACACUGACAUUAACGUAGAGUUUAUUGCUGUUGCUGCUCAUCCACCAGAGUCUUCAUAUCAUAAAAUUGGUGCUCCACUUACUGGAAGAGGUCUCAUUCAGAUAUGGUGUUUGUUGAAUGCGUAUACAAAAGAACAAGAUAUGAUUCCUUUGGUCAAAGUCAAACCAAAAAGGAUUGAAGAAACAAAUCUUGAAACCAAUCAACCAAAGAAGCCAAGAGGGAGACCAAGAAAGAAAGCUUCUGAUUCUGAAACUGUUCCUGUUUCUAAUACAAACUCAUAUCCACAGCCUCUUGCUAUUGAAUUCCCUCAACACUCAAAAAAGUUGGUUGAUAUUGACAAAAAUACCCCUGAAACUUCCCCUCAACAGCCACCAAAGUUGCUUGCUAUUGAGAAUCAUCAUCAUCAUCAUACCCCUGGAAGUGUUCCAAAUAGUAACUCGGUUUCUAAAGAUAUUGCUUUGCCUAGACUUGUGAUGGGAUUGGCUCACAAUGGAAAAGUGGCAUGGGAUGUGAAAUGGAGACCUGAUUCUCAUGAUAUUUCUAGUUACAGAAUGGGGUACCUUGCUGUUUUGCUUGGGAAUGGAGCUCUUGAAGUGUGGGAGGUACCUGUUCUUAGUGCAACUAAGGCUUUAUUUUCUUCUUGUCAAAAGGAAGGCACUGAUCCUCGCUUCCUUAAGUUGAAGCCAGUUUUCAUGUGUUCAAAGUUGAAGUGUGGAGAUAGACAAAGUAUUCCCUUAACAUUGGAGUGGUCAACAUCUGCCCCUCAUGAUCUCAUUCUAGCUGGUUGUCAUGAUGGAGUGGUUGCCUUAUGGAAGUUCUCUACUAAUGAUUCAUCCAUAGAUACCAAACCAUUGCUUUGCUUCAGUGCAGAUACUGUUCCUAUAAGAGCACUUAAAUGGGCACCACUACCCAGUGAUCCCGAGAGUGCAAACAUAAUCGCUACUUCCGGUCAUAAAGGUGUUAGAUUUUGGGACAUUCGUGAUCCAUAUCACCCUCUUUGGGAUAUACCUCUUCAGAAGAUUACAUACAGUUUGGAUUGGCAUCCAGACCCAAGAUGUGUUGUUUUAUCAUCGGAUGAUGGAGAAAUAAAGAUAAUUAACUUAUCAAAAGCUGUAUCUGACACCCCUGUUACUGCUACACCCACUGUAAAAACUCAACACCAUGGAUCACACAGCUAUUACUGUUCAUCAUCUUCAAUUUGGUGUGUUCAUGUCUCAAGACUAACAGACAUGGUUGCAUAUUGCUGUUCAGAUGGCAAAGUUAUUCAUUUUCAGCUUACAACAAAAUCAGUGGAGAGAGACCCUAACAGAAACCGAGAGCCUCAUUAUCUCUGUGGUUCUGUAACCAAGGAAGAAGAAAAGUCAACACUCACUGUGUUGACCCCUUCACCAAACAUCCCAUUCCCAAUGAAGAAAUCAUCAAGCGAAUGGGGGGAUACACCGAGAUCAAAACGUGGGUUUGUAUCAAUAAUGAAUCAAGAAAAGAGAGCCAAAGAGUAUAUCUCAAAGGAAAAUCCAAAAAACAAAAACAAAAGUAGCCAAGCUUUAGUAUGCAUUGAUGACGUGGCCAACAAUAUGGAACAUGAACAAAGGUAG